UACUUCUAAAUAUAGCUUUAACCUCUGUUUUUUCUUUCUCUUUUCACAACCUUUUCCUCUGCCACGUUACACUCACACAAGGGCAUUCUAGUAAAAACAUCAUCUGAAAACACAUAACAAAUCUGAAAGCUGGAAAUUAUCACUCUGUUCACUCCUCAUUGGCUGCACCUCCACAGCAACAAAAUCCAAUGCUAUUUUAUACUAUUAUCUUCUCUCUUGAACCUUCCUACUCAGGUUUCUUCAUUUCUUCAUCACCAUCACUCUCACCUCUACACGCAACAUAGAUAUUUUUUCACUUCUGUUGGUUCUCAGAGACAGACAAACAGGGAUUUUUUACAGAAGAAGAAAAAAUGGAGUCAGAUCUUCAGCAGCAUCCAACUAUGUUUCUAGAUCAUCAGAAUCAUCACCAGCAGCAACAAAUGAAUUCAGGGUUGACACGGUUUAAAUCUGCACCAAGUUCAUAUUUUUCGAAUAUAAUUGAUAAAGAGUUCUAUGAGCAUCUUUUUAACCGACCUUCCAGUCCUGAAACCGAGCGAGUUUUCGCUCGGUUUAUGAAUAGUCUUAGUGGUAGUGGUAGUGGCGGUGGUGGUGGUGGUGAUGCUGAAAGUGCUUCUGCUACAGCUUCUGUAGCUGUAGGUGUAGCUGUAGCUGCUGGAGAUGAUUCAUUGACUCAGAAUCUAGUGUCAACUGUUCAACAAGAGCUUCUUCCUAUAGUUAAGGAAGAGAUUGAUCAACAAUCUCAAACUAUGAUGGCAUCAAGGAAUAAUGAAACUUUAGAUCUUCAACAGCUUCAACGACAACAAAGUAAUAUGAAUAAUUAUGGUUCCUCUGGCCCUCAGAAGUUUUACCAAAGUUCGGGAAGACCGCCUUUGCCGAAUCAAAUGAAGACUGGUAGAGGAAGUUGUUCUAAUCUUAUUAGACAUGGUAGUUCACCUGCUGGAUUGUUUUCAAACAUUAACAUUGAAACCGGUUUUGCUGUUAUGAGAGGGAUUGGAACGAUCGGAGCUGCUAACAGCACUAGCAAAGAAGCGAAUUUUUCUUCUUCAGCGGUGCGGUUAAAGAGUGCUCCAGACUACUCAUCGGUGUUAGGAGGUGAAAUCGGGAAUAGUAGCAAUCCACAAAAUAAUCUAGAGUCUGAAGGUUUUGCUGAAACCCGGGGUGACGAUUUCAUCCCGGGUUUCCCUUUAGGUUCUACAUGGGAGGAUACCGCAAUGAUAUCCGAUAAUAUUACCGGUCUGAAAAGAUACAGAGACGAUGACGAUGUAAAACCGUUUUCUGCAGGUUUAAAUGCGGCUGAAACUAAGGUAAAUGAAACAGGAGGCCAUACUCCUGCUGCUCCUUUGGCUCAUCAGACGAGUUUGCCUAAUACCACGGCGGAAUUAGCAGCCAUUGAAAAGUUUUUACAAUUCUCCGAUUCUGUUCCGUGCAAAAUCCGCGCCAAGCGCGGCUGCGCCACUCACCCGAGAAGCAUUGCAGAAAGGGUUAGAAGAACUAAAAUCAGCGAGCGAAUGCGGAAACUACAAGAUCUGGUGCCAAACAUGGAUAAGCAAACAAACACUUCAGAUAUGUUGGACUUAGCUGUUGAGUACAUUAAAGACCUACAAAAGCAAGUUGAGACUCUUUCAGAAAAUAGAGCUAAGUGCACGUGCUCACAUCACCAAUAAAGGAAAUAAAAUCAAGGAUGAUGAUGAUGAUGAUGAUGAUAAAGGAGUUAGAGUUUUUCUUUUGUACAGAUUUUGUUGUAAUAAUUUGGUCUAGAAAUUAAAGCAGCUUAAUUUAAUUUUCUAAUAAUUUUUUGUUUUUAUUAUGUUAGUAUUACUACUACGUUGUUUGUUACUUUCUCUAUGGUUCUUUUGGAGUGGUGGGGGAAUGAGAUCAUAAAAGUUGACUUUUA